GUCUCUGAUUUAGUUUAGUUUUUUCCCCUUAAGGUUCCAAGUUACAACUAUUUAACAUUUACAAUAAUAUUUUAUACAUAUGUGUAUCUUCUUUGACAUCUUGUUUCGAUAUUCUUUCGUGAAUUUAACUCUACAUUUUAUGUUUCCUAUGAAAUAGCUUUGUUUUAUGUUUGCCUUGUACAAACAAAAAUAGAGUUAGCACAAUCACAUAAGAGUAGUGGUGAUCUACCGAUUGAAGAAAAUGAAAUCCAAUAAUUAAUUGAGACUUGGUUUACGCACUUCUCAAGUUUUUGACACAGAAACAGGGGUAAAGGAGAGAGAAAAAGCAAUUUAGUGUGCGUUUAGUGAUCAAGAUUGGUAUAUUUAGCUUUUUCCUAUAUAUAAGUGUAUAAAAUGGGUAAUGGACAAAAGUAAUGGCGAAAGAGAUUCCUUAAUGAGGAGGGUUACAGGGUAUGUUAAGAUUUUGUACAAGGAAAGACAUGUACAAUUAUUUAUUAACAUAAGUAGUCAGGGAAAUAAGCAUCGAGAGAGAGAGAGAGAGAGUGAAGACAUUAGACAUAUGCUUUAUGAUUAGGAAACGAAGAUACCAAACUUCCACCACCAAUGAGAGCCAAAGAAGCCAACUUAAUAAUUCGAUGCUUAAAGCCCAAAUAUACCAGCUGCAUCGCCCCCACCGCACCUCUUCCUCCCCCUCUCUAGUUUUUCUUUUCCUCAGUCUAUCUCUCAAAGCCUUUUUUAAUUUUUUUUUUCUUUUCUUUUCUUUUAACAUUAAAAUUGUAGAGAGAAAAGAGUGAUCCUGCGGCGGAUGUUGUCUAUUACAACAAAUAGCCUCCAAUGCCAAGAAAACUCAUACAGGGUCCGGAGAGACGCACCCAUCCUCUUGUCUGGUGCAUUGCCAUACUCUGCACCGUAGUAGCCAUAGCAGUCAUCAUCGUUGGGCUCGUUGUGUUCGUGGGCUACCUGGUAAUCCACCCCAGCGUGCCCGUCAUCAGCGUCGUCACAGCCCACCUCGACAAGCUUCAAAACGACCUGGCUGGGCUGUUCGAGACGCAGCUUACCAUCUACGUGAAGGCCGAGAACGACAAUGCCAAGGCACACGCCAGCUUCUCCGACACCAGCUUCGUCCUUAGCUUCGAGGGCAUCGCCAUAGCCCGGCUGGUGGCCGACCCCUUUGACGUGGCGAAAAAUGGGUCGGUGGAGUUUCCUUACAGGGUGGAGUCAUCUUCCAUUCCGCUAAACCCGGAGGAGAUGCUGCAAGUGGACUUGGCCCUCAAACAGGACAAGAUUACAUUCGAUUUGAAAGGCAGUUCCAGGGCCAGAUGGAAGGUUGGUCUUUUGGGCUCCGUCAAAUUCUGGUGUCACUUGAAUUGUCGGCUCAAGUUUCAUCCUCUUACUGGGGUUUAUGUAAACUCACCAUGCACUUCCAGGGUGAAAUGACCCACACUAGUCCCUCCCAUUCUCCCAUUCUCUUUUAUUUUAUUAUAUAUUAUAACUAGUUAUGUUUCUAUGUACGUAUGUGCACAAAAUGAGCUCCUAAUAACCUUUUGCCCUUUGUGUACAUUCUUAAUUAAAUUUCUUCUUCUUCUUCUUCCCUUAGUCUUCUUAAUUCACUUUUCAUCAAUCAUUAAUUAGUUUAAAUUAGUCAUACAUUACAGAAGAAUAAUGUCAAUUAUAAUCAUCUUGCAGAAAUUAUACAGACCUUCAUUGGAAUUUAUGUGCUU